AUGGAAGGGGUAACGAACAUUUUAAGCAUAGCUGGGAGUGACAGCUGUGGGGGAGCUGGUAUUCAGGCAGAUAUAAAAACGGCAAUGGGAUUAGGAUGUCACUGUUGUACUGUGUUUGUUGUUUUAACAGCUCAGAAUACUAUGGAAGUUAAAAGGAUUAUAGAAGUUGAAGAAAAUUUUAUUGUAGAUCAGCUAGAUAGUGUAUUUGCAGAUAUACCUAUUGACGUGGUAAAGUUAGGGGUUUUGUAUUCAAAAAAAAUUAUAUCAUUGGUUCAUAAGUAUUUAGUAGAUAUGAAUAAGAAGAGGGAGAAAAAAUUAUUAGUAGUUUUUGACCCUGUAUUUGUUUCAAGUUCAGGUUGCCUACUGGCAGAAAAUCUAGAAUAUAUAAAAUUUGCUAUUGAUUUAAUUUGCCCUAUAAGUUGUAUAAUAACACCAAAUUUUCACGAAUGUAAGGUAAUUCUUGAAGCAUUAGAUUGUCAAGUAAAUCUGGAAAAUGUUAAUAUAGUACACCUGGGAAAAUUAGUAACUUCCAAAUUGAAUAUAAAUGCUUGUUUAUUUAAAAGUUGUAAUAUCGGAGAAAAUUCACAAGAGGAGAACAAGGUAUAUGCCGUUGACCAUUUGUGUAUAAGGCGGGUUAAAAAAGCAGACAAAUGUGAAAAAGUUCCAAAUGUCCAAACAUUAGAGGGAGAAAAUUACCUAUAUGAUAUAUAUAAACUGCGGUCGAAAAGAAAGCCAGAACUAGACAUACAUGGAACGGGAUGUACUUUAUCAACAGCCAUAUCAUGUUAUUUAUCAAAAAAAUACGACAUAUUACAAUCUUGUAUAGAAUCGAAAAAAUAUAUUUGCAACUGCAUUAGAUAUGCUUACGAGUUUGGACAUAGAAGUCAGGGGUUAAACCAUUUAAAGGCAUCUCAGGAAUUGCCACACUUUAAAGAUAUCGAUGUUAUACCAAUUGUUCAAGAUUUACUUUAG